AUGGUUUCUGAAAGCACACUUGCCAUAUUCCGCUGCCUUCUCUCCCAGGACGCUGCUGCAGCUGAUGCCAGGAUCCCAGUUUGCUCUGCUGCCAUGAUCGUGCUUCUGCUCGUAGGAAUGCUAAUGGCCCCGCAUGGCGGGGCCCACCCUCUGGACACCCCACAUCUUCCACGGGAGCUGCCUCCAGGACUCUCAGAAAAUAUCAAUAUGACUUUCCUCAAUGGGGUGUUUAAAAAUGUGGGAGGAGUGGCCGAAAUUUUUGGCUGCCUGGGCUCCCACUUCACCUGGCUGCAGGAUGUCUUCACCAACUUCCCCGCGCUGCUCCAGUUCGUGAAUGGUAUGAAGUGUGUGGCUGGUCUCUGCCCCCGGGACUUCGAAGACUACGGCUGUGCCUGCAGGUUUGAGAUGGAAGGGCUGCCUGUGGACGAGUCUGACAGCUGCCCCUCUUCUGACCCUAACCCACACUCUCACCCUGACCCUUCCCCAUCCUGCCACAGCUGUUGCUUCCAGCAUCGCAGGUGUUAUGAGGAGGCUGCUGAGAUCGACUGUCUGCAAGACCCCGCCAAGCUUGGCACAGAUGUCAACUGUGUCACCAAGAGUAUCACCUGUGAGUCCGGGGACGCUUGUGAGCGCCUGCUGUGUACCUGUGACAAGGCUGCCAUAGAGUGCUUGGCCCAGUCCAGUAUCAACUCUUCCCUGAACCUUCUGGACACGUCCUUCUGUCUGGCUCAGCCUCCAGGUAGGAAGAUCCGGGCCCUGCAUCAGUGGUGGGGACGGCAAUCUGCGGCGGGAGCUGGUAUGGGACCAAUCGUCGCUGCGUUUCUUCAGAUGCCAAGUCCUUCUAACAUCCUCCAGAACCACUUCUCUAAUGUGCUUUCUCUUCAGAGACAACCAGCAGGAAAGAGCCGCUGCUGUAAGCAGGACAGGGUCCAGUGCUCAGAUGGGGCAAGGCCCCUCUGGCUGGGGGCGCCCCUGGCCACUGAGGCCUCCCGGGAACAGACUGGCUGUCCCCCUCCUCUGCCCACCAGAGCCUGCAGCACAAGGGGCUGCCUGGAUCCAGUCCUGGCUGGAGUCCCUCCCGAGGGAGGGGCCUUGCUGGGCAUCCCUGUGUCCUGGGCCGUGUGCGAGAGGCAGAGGUAUCCCGAGGCAGGACAGGCAGCCCUUCUGGGAACAUCUUUUACAGCCCCCUUAUCCUCCUGCCUCAUCCAGCCAUCCAGCCUGUCCCUGGGGGCCCCUGGCACUUGCACCCCUCACUCGUUGCUCCUGGGGGCUCUUUUUCCAGUGGUUCCUGUGGAGCCCACGGACUCCAGCCUGACGGCCCUCUCAGGAGAAGAUGAACACAGGGCGACCGGCGAGCUCCAAACUGAACUGGGCAUCCUGGAUUUUUAUUUGCUAAAUCUGGCAACUCUUCACCCUCAGGGAGAUCACGCUGCACACCCAGCGCCCUACAAGUUCGUGUAUUGCUCUCCUCUGCUGUUGUUGCUGCUGCUUCUGCCAGAACCAGGCCAAGUCCAGGAAGACACAGAAGAUGCAAGGGCCACGCCUUCUCCAGAGGCUGCCCGACGGUUUCUUGUGUGGAAUCCUAUAAAUUGUUUAACCGAUUAUUUCCAACGUGUUAAUAUAAAUAAUGGAUAUGCACUUUCUUUAUGCCCAUCCACUUCUGAUAAAUGCCUAGAAGUUGAAUUGCUGGAUAAAAGGUAUGUGUUUUCAGGGUCUGCAGAGAUUGCUGCCACAGCUGAAGGUGUAACCAUCGUCCCUGCCGGCGUUAAAUCUUUGGGGCUGGCUGCGUCAGCUGUCAGAAGCGGUCCUGAGGAGACACCUGGAAAAGCCUGUGACAGGUUCACCUUCCUGCACCUGGGAAGCGGGGACAACACCUGGGUGAUGCCACAGCUUGGAGAGAUGCUCUUUUGUCUGACAUCCCGGUGCCCGGAGGAAUUUGAAUCUUACGGCUGUUACUGUGGGCAGGAAGGACAAGGCGAGCCCAGGGACGCUCUGGACAGGUGCUGUUUGUCCCAUCACUGCUGCCUGGAGCAGGUGAGAAGGCUGGGCUGCCUGCUCGAGAGGCUUCCUCGGUCACCAGUGGUAUGCGUGGAUGGUACCCCCAAGUGUGUAGGGCAGAGCCUGUGUGAGAAGCUGCUUUGUGUCUGUGACCAGACAGCGGCUGAAUGCCUGGCCUCUGCCUUCUAUAACCAAAGCCUCAAGUCACCUGGCAGACAGGAGUGCCAGGGCCACCGGCCGUCCUGCGAGGACGGCAGGGUUUCAGCUUCGUCCCUUGGCUCCAGCUCUGAGGAGAACAGUGUGGAGGCCCCGCCCCCCAGGGAGGGCCUGAGAAGAACCAGAAGAUUCCUGGGGAAGUCACUUGGUCUCCUGGGGACCAGGCCACAACGUGGCCCCAGAUAGAUUCCCAGAGAAAAUGACCAUCACACCCUGUCUUUCUGUCCCUCCUGCUACUGUAACCUCUCUGGGCCCAUCUCCAUCCUCUCUGUCCGCAGCAGAGGCUCAAAGGGGGGAGAGGCAGGAAGACCCCUGCACGGGUGCAUCGUGAUGGCUGUCAGCCCACAUCCGAACGUGUCUUUGGAGAAGGCAAACGAGGGGGUGGUUAUAUGUUUCCUGGAGUGCACUGUAGGGGCUCAAUAAAUAUUCCCAUCAACGUUUCUUUGUCUGGUUUGGUUUUGAAGAUACUGGUACAUGGAUAGAUGGCAAAGGUGAGACGGCAGAGGAACGGAGGGGGAAAAGAUAUCUUCACUCCCCAAUCACUGAAAUCACAAUCUGCUAUUAAAAAAAUACAGAAGGGAGUAUGUUUAAUCAAUCUUAUGAGAUCACCUAUGGGUCACCAAUAACCCACCAAAGACGUAUGCCAAGGACUGAGAUGACAGCUCUUCUGGUAUGUUAUUAAGAGAACGGCCUCAGCCACCUCCAUGAAGGAUCACUGAUAACCCUGUCUUGGGUCUGGCAAUAUUAAAUUGAUAUAAAAAAAAAUGACAGGGUUUAUCCCAGUGGCUGGAAGUUUGGGGGAUGCCAAUGCCCACUCGGACACAGACAAAUAUAAUAGGAAUUACAAAAAAAUGGAAAUUACACCCCUCCAUCCAUCCAUCCACCCUCCCACCCAUCUGAUAGUUAUUGAGA